AUGCCAGGAGUUCACAACAAGACAUCCGUCUCCGAGUUUGCCUACAUCUACUCUGCCCUUAUUCUUCUCGACGACGAGGUGACAGUCACCGAGGAUAAGAUCAAUGCCCUCAUUAAAGCAGCCGGCGUCAACGUUGAACCUUUCUGGCCUGGCCUGUUCGCAAAGGCCCGGGCCAAUGUUAACACUGGGAGCCUCAUCUGCAAUGUACAGGCUGGUGGGCCAGCUCCAGCAGCUGGAGCUGCACCAGCAGGAGGUCCUGCGCCAGCUGCUGCUGCUGCCCCAGCUGAGAAGAAAGUGGAAGCAAAGAAGGAAGAAUCUGAGGAGUCUGAUGAUGUUAUGGGCUUUGGUCUUUUUGACUAAACCUCUUGUUAACCUGCUCAAUAAAAA